UGUGUGUGUGUGUGUUCUGGUAUUUCCCUGAAGUGCACCAGCCCUUUAACCACAGCUCCUGCUUCAGUCGCCUCACACAACUGCUAACACACCGCUGUUUUUCUUCAUCACUUUUACUGCUCCGUGUUUCGGUCUACAGGAAUCAUGUCUGCUCCCGCUGCAGAAGGUCCCGGCGCUUCAGGCGUGGCAGGAAACAACCGAAGACUGCAGCAGACCCAGGCUCAGGUGGAUGAGGUGGUGGACAUCAUGCGGGUGAAUGUGGACAAAGUCCUGGAGCGAGACCAGAAGCUGUCCGAGCUGGACGACCGGGCGGACGCUCUCCAGGCCGGAGCCUCGCAGUUCGAGACCAACGCCGCCAAACUGAAGAGGAAGUACUGGUGGAAGAACUGCAAGAUGUGGGCCAUUUUGAUAGCUGUGCUCAUAAUCAUCGUCGUCAUCAUUAUCAUUUGGAGUAAAUCUUAAAACAGCAAGAAAACGGCAGAAUGGCCUGACGGCUGUGAUGGGAGAGUGGAUAAAUAUAUAUAGGAAGUAUCAGCUGAUACUAUGAAGACGGAGAGAGCACGUUCUUCCUGACGUAAAGCUGUUCUAGCCUGCUGAGUGUCACAUUUUGUAAAAAGAAAAAAAUCCUUAACUCUUGUUUAUUGUUUUUUUCCUUUUUUUAUUUUUUGUUUUUAAUAGUUGUGAUUUGAAUGUGCAAAGACUUACUCAUCUGACGUUUGUUUUUUUCCUCGCUUGUUAAAAUUUCACGUGCACUCCAUACUUUCACUAUUUGUACUUAUCACAAUGGCCUUAAGCAGUCAGUGGUUCAGAAGAGAGCAAAAAGAGUGCCAGUUUGUCAUGUGAAAACUUUUAGCUCCUUCAUGUGCCUCUUAAACUUUUUUAGGUAAAAAGGCGGCACUGAGAACCAGUGGAGCCAGAACGUUGUAAACAAGCCUGAAAUGAAGAAACUAGUUUUUUACUAGAAACAAUGUAAAAAUUACAAACUGCACCUUCUUGACUUCUUUUUUUUGAUCAUCAAGGUCACAUGAUAGUGUACAUCUGUCUAGCUGUUUGUAGCAUCGAUGUUGAACUAUCCUGACCAAAAAGUUGAACUUUUUUGCUUACCGAUCAACAGAGAGCUCCAUGUCUCUAAAACAUGAUAUAAAAUGGUUGGACUGUUUUGUUUUGUUUUUUUAAUUAGUCGGUGCCUUAACAUUUUAGUGCCAGCACAAUUUAGAAGUAUCCAGUGACUCGAAGGCCUUCGAACAAACACACUUGAGUGCCAGUAAUCAACACUGCCUGCAUGAUUCAAAUCAAAUUAUAUAUAUAAUUAUAAUUAUAAUUAUAUAUAAUAAGCCAUAUAAUUAAAAAUUAUAAUUACACUUUCUAUGUACUUGCACAGUUGUUUUCUUCCAGACCGUUGAGCUACUGCUAUUUUAUGAUCUCACCCAAAAUGAUGAUGAAUUUAAAUAAAAUUCUUGCUACACUUUCUCUUUUUUUCUUUCUAAUUUUUUCUUUCUUCACUAAGCAGCAGCAGUCUCCGAGCAUUCACGUCAUGUUUGAUGGCACCAGAACAAGUUUGUUUAUGAGUGUGUGAUUGAUUUAUAUAUACAGUACUGUGCAAAAGACUUGGACCAUCUGAGAAGCCGUUUAUCUGCAGUGUUUGUUUUUAAAAGAGGAUUUUUGCAUUUCAGAAAAAAAAAAAAAAGAGUCAGCUGGAAGAACCCGGGGUUUGUUUCCCAAACCAUCUAAUUGUGUGUAUUUAUUAAAAUUCCACCAGCAGCACAGCUAAUACACUGAUUAGCUAAAGCAGGUGUGCUAGCAGGGGUAAUUUAGCAAAUACGCCAGUGUACCAGGGAUAGUUAGAGAUACUGGAAUGUUUUAUCAAUGAGGCUGAUUCUCUGAAACAUGGAUCUUGUAUGUUUGGGAAAACUCCUGAGCCCAGCUUUAAGCUAUAAAGCUCCUAAAGCUCUGAUUUAGAUCUACUCGGGCUGUUAUGUCAUAGCUGCGUGGGAACGCCUGGACAUGGAAAAGCACUCUUCAUGAAGCUCGGAAAAAAUUUAUAACACUACUUCAUGUGUGGGUUCUAAUAAAGGCUACGUAAAAACAUUUAAAAAAAAAGAAACUGAAGAAAGUAAAUUCUAUUAUUAGUGUUUCUAUUUAUAUGAUGCAAGAUAAAUAGGUUUACAUAUUUCAGUCUAAGACUUUUGCACAUUACUGCUUUUUGAAUGUAAAAUAUUAUAUUUCAAAUAAUUCUAUAAAAUGGCCUUCCAACCUGUUGUGCUUUUUGAAUUUGCUAUUGCUAAUAAAUAUGGACUUAAUAACUUGA